AUGCACGAAGAGGACCUUAUGAAGUGCGUUUCUGCCCUAUCUCGGUGCACCUCGCGUGAUGAACAAACGUUGGAAAGUAUCCUGGGGGAUAUUCAUCGAAGUGUGUUCGGUGCGAACGAAGGCGGCGGAGAGUCAUUGAAACCUUCCGAUUUAUUGUCACUGUGCAAUAAUGCUGUUGAGUGGAUUGGGGGCAACUUGGGUAAAAGGAAGCGUUCUGCCGCGAUGCGGUUGUCUAUAGGUGUCGUAGUAGUGGAGUUGCUCGCACGUCUGACACGGGUUUUGCUCUGGGGAAUGGGUGACCCGGAAGAAAUGUCCUUGUGUUGUGACAGGUUAAGGGAGAUUAAAGAAGAUGCCGAGCAGCUCGAGGUAUUUCUAUUGCCUCGGUUCUUCCUGAAGCUUCCUAUUAGUCCCAUAACUUUGAGAGACGUUUUAUUGAAGACCCCAUGGGGUCUCUUCUCACAGAAGUAUGGAGUGCAAACCACCUCUCACGGUACAGUGCCUGCACAGGUAGCCACGGUACUCAGUGAUCUGAGGACCAAUUUUGGCUGCGAUUUUCUCCAUAAUUGUCGAGUGGACGUUGAGCUGCCUCUUCCCGCUUACCCCGCCUCCGCACUGACUGACACAGGGGUGUCCCGCUCCACAAAAAGCAACGCCACCAGCGACAUCGCAGCGCUAACGUGUGAAAGUUCCGCAGCUCCGGGAGCUGUUGUUUCCUCAACAGUCGACACUGUGAAUGUUGGAGCUUCGGUUGACGGCUCUAGUGUCUGUGUCGCUCGGUCAGCUCCCAAAUCCUUGCGCAGCGGAAGAAGCACACUCCGUGGGGCCGCGAAGCAUGAGAUGUUCGGGGCGAAAGCCGCAACCAUUCCAGCGAACAUCAAAAAUCCUUUACCCAUGCACCCCACCCGCAGCUUGCCCGCAUAUAUGCUAAGGAAGUGGAAACCAGGGGCUGCACCGCGAGCAACAGUGGGAUGCGGGGGCAGGGAAAUAGCUGGGACUGAGGAAAACAACUUGCCGGUGACGCCAGAUACGCAGUCCUCGGCGGGGGACGAUAGCGACACAGAGGUGUUGGCGACAGAGAGCCCGGUACGGAAAAGGGUAUGUUCUGAUGGAACUGUUGUCCCACCAUCGCCGUCGCGCUUAACGCGUGACGAAAUGGAGCCUUGUGCUCCAGGGAUUAAAAAGUAG